AUGGCGGUAUCCGGCUCCCUCUUCCUUCCUCAGCAGUCUCUUUCGCCGUUCCGAGUAACUACCCGAUCACCAUGUCUGUCCUUCAGAAAACAGUUCUGUGUGAGAGCUUGUGCUGGGAAAACAGGGGAAGGAGGAGGAGAAGAUGAAGAAAACGCUGGGAAAAUGGUGAUAAGGAAAGAGAAAGACGGUUGGAAAAUCGAUUUCUCCGGUGAAAAACCGGCCACCCCACUUCUCGACACCGUCAAUUACCCUGUUCAUAUGAAGAAUCUCUCCACCCAGGAUCUGGAACAACUCGCGGCAGAGCUGAGAGCAGAGAUCGUCUAUGGCGUGGCGAAAACGGGAGGGCAUCUUAGUUCGAGCUUGGGAGUGGUGGAGCUGUCAGUGGCGCUCCACCACGUUUUCAGCACCCCGGAAGACAAAAUCAUAUGGGACGUCGGACAUCAGGCGUAUGCCCACAAGAUCCUCACUGGAAGAAGGUCCAAAAUGAACACCAUUAGAAAGACCUCGGGGCUGGCCGGAUUCCCCAAAAGAGACGAGAGCGAUCACGACGCUUUCGGCGCUGGUCAUAGCUCCACCAGCAUCUCCGCCGGCCUUGGAAUGGCGGUUGCGAGGGACAUAUUGGGGAAUAACAACAACGUGAUAUCAGUGAUUGGAGAUGGGGCGAUGACAGCAGGGCAAGCUUACGAAGCCAUGAACAACGCCGGGUUCCUCGAUGCCAAUCUCAUAGUGAUUCUCAACGACAACAAGCAAGUCUCUUUACCUACUGCGACGCUCGAUGGUCCAGCAACUCCCGUUGGAGCACUCAGCAGUGCACUCACAAAGCUCCAGGCCAGCACCCAAUUCCGCAAGCUUCGUGAGGCUGCCAAGAGCAUUACAAAGCAAAUUGGAAGCCAAGCGCAUGAAGUUGCAGCAAAGGUGGAUGAGUAUGCAAGAGGAAUGAUCAGUGCUUCAGGGUCGACCUUCUUCGAGGAGCUUGGGUUGUACUAUAUUGGACCCGUUGAUGGUCACAAUGUGGAAGAUCUAGUGACGAUAUUCGAGAAAGUGAAGGCAAUGCCUGCUCCUGGACCUGUUUUGAUCCAUAUUGUGACAGAGAAGGGGAAAGGGUAUCCUCCUGCUGAGGCUGCUGCUGAUAAAAUGCAUGGAGUGGUGAAGUUUGAUGUGAAAACGGGCAAGCAAUUCAAGACGAAAUCCCCUACCUUGUCAUACACGCAAUACUUUGCAGAAUCAUUAGUCAAAGAAGCUGAGGCAGACAGCAAAGUAGUUGCAAUCCAUGCUGCAAUGGGUGGUGGGACUGGUCUCAACUUUUUCCAGAAGAAGUUCCCAGAUCGAUGCUUCGAUGUGGGGAUCGCGGAGCAACAUGCUGUCACGUUUGCAGCUGGGUUAGCUGCUGAAGGUCUCAAGCCAUUCUGUGCCAUCUACUCAUCAUUCCUUCAAAGAGGAUAUGACCAGGUAGUACAUGAUGUGGAUCUUCAGAAGCUACCUGUCCGGUUCGCAAUGGACCGAGCUGGUUUGGUUGGAGCUGAUGGACCGACCCACUGCGGAGCAUUCGACAUCGCCUACAUGGCCUGCCUUCCAAACAUGGUGGUGAUGGCGCCAUCCGAUGAAGCCGAGCUGAUGCACAUGGUUGCAACAGCUGCAGCAAUUGAUGACAGGCCGAGCUGCUUCAGGUUUCCAAGGGGGAACGGGAUUGGUGCAGUUCUCCCACUCAACAACAAAGGAACUCCACUCGAAGUUGGCAAAGGAAGGGUAGUGAUGGAAGGAACCAGAGUUGCUAUACUGGGUUAUGGAGCUAUAGUGCAGCAGUGUGUUGAAGCUGGUGGUAUGCUAAAGAGCAGAGAUAUUCAUGUCACGGUAGCUGACGCGAGGUUCUGUAAGCCUUUGGACACUGAGCUUAUCAGGGAGCUGGCGCGAGAGCACGAGAUUCUGAUCACGGUGGAAGAAGGUUCGAUUGGUGGGUUUGGAUCUCAUGUGUCUCAUUUCUUGAGCUUGAGUGGGAUUCUAGAUGGACCCCUUAAGUUGAGAGCAAUGGUGCUUCCGGAUAGAUACAUUGACCAUGGAUCACCUCAAGAUCAGAUUCAAGAAGCAGGGCUUUCAUCGAAGCAAAUCACUGCAACGGUGCUGUCUCUCUUGGGAAAGCCUAAAGAAGCUCUGCAUUUCAAGUGA